AUGAAGGCCUUCACCCUCGCCACGGCCAUCCUCGCGCUCCUCAUCCCAGCCCUGGCUGCCCCCAGCGUCGUCGAGAUCGACACCCGUGCGGCAGAGCCCGUGGCGGAUGUCACACCCCGUGCGGAGAUCAACGAGGCUGACAUCUUUACCUUUGCCUCUCCUCAAGCCUCGUGCAAGGUUCUGAACUGCAUCGAUGUGGUCUCGCAGGGCAUCUGCAUUGCGAAUGCGAUUGACGAUGAGGACUGGAAGGGGAUCUUGAAGUGUGCUAAGAAGAAAACGCUGUGCGGCUGUGCCGGCUGCAUCAAGAAGCUGGAUAAGUUCUUGACAAAGUACGGUAUUUGCGAUGAUUAA